ACUGUAUACGCAGCUCGUGCUGGGAACAAUCUCUAUGGGAUAGACGUUGAAGUGGAUUAUCGAGGGAGGUGGAUUAUCGAGGAGAGGAAGUUACUGUGGAGAAUUUCAUUCGCCUUCUUACUGGACGUCAUCAUCCGGCCACACCUCGAUCAAAGCGUGCGGACUACAAGACAGCAACUCAGAUUACAUGAGAAUCCUAUAAAGGGAUUCACCUCUAGGGACAAAAGAAUGAGACGUAAGUUCAACAAUGAAAAAGUGAGCGAAGUGGAAUAUACGUUGCUAGCACUCGCAAUGUAUCAUGAAAUGUUUUUGAUUGCUGACACUUGUCGAAGCGCUUCGAUGUACGAAUGGGUGUCGAGUCCUGGCGUGCUUUCUUCCAGCAGCAGUUUGACACAUGAGGAGAGCUACUCGUACGAUGUAGAUGACGAAAUCGGAGUAUACGUCAUUGAUAGG